AAAUAAUAAUAAUAAUAAACCGGUCUCCAUCGCAAUUCCGAGCCCCGCCGUCUGCUUCUUCUCGCUGCAAGACACCCUGCACUCAAAUUUAAACACACACACAACGCAGAGCUACGCAGGGUUUGUGGAGAGGCGCCCCACCGGAGCAGAGGCGCAGAACGUAUUGUCUGCCAAAAGCAACCGAUUGACAACAUCCAUCGCCGAUUUAAACAGACUUCUGUGGCUGUACUAUAAGGACACUUUAAAACACUUCAGACACCGAGGUGAAGACGAGCACAUACUGGCCGAGCUGCCGUGGUCCCACUCAGGUCAUUUACUGUCUCCAUUGGUCCAGGCCAUAUUCAGCCGAAACACAGAAGACGUGACAUUUUUGUUAGACCACAAAGAAGAUGUCAAUUCACUGGACCAAGAACAAAGCACACCACUUCAUGCUGCUGCUUAUCUGGGUGAUGUCCAUGUUAUGGACCUCCUUAUUAGUGCAGGUGCAAAUAUAAAUGCUAAGGACCAGGGGUUGCUGACUCCUCUACAUCGAGCAGCUGCCUCACGAAAUGAAAGGGCUGUGGAGCUGCUGCUAAAGCACAGUGUGGAGGUAAACACACGGGACAAAUUCUGGCAUACACCCCUACACAUGGCAGCUGCCAACUGGGCGACAGGCUGCGCUGAAGCCUUGUUACCGCAUGUUUGCAGCCUGGAUAUUACUGACAGGUCAGGAAGGACACCUCUACAUCAUGCAGCACACAGCGGCCACGGAGAGAUGGUGAACUUGUUCCUCAGUAAAGGUGCCAACGUGAGUGCCAAAGAUAAAAAGGAGAGACAGCCAAUCCACUGGGCUGCAUACCUCGGACAUGUGGAGGUCAUGAAGCUGCUGGUGUCGCACAGUGCAGAUGUGACUUCCAAGGACAAACGUGGUUACACUCCACUACAUGCUGCAGCGGCCGGUGGACAGUUAGACGUGGUCAGAUAUCUGCUGAGACUCGGGAUGGAGAUUGAUGAACCCAACCUUUUUGGGAACACGGCGCUCCACAUGGCCUGCCACACAGGGCAGGACACUGUAGCCACUGAACUCGUGAACUGCGGCGCAAACAUCAACCAGCCCAACUACCAUGGCAACACACCGCUGCAUCUGGCUGCCGGCUCCUCCAGCGGGGUGCUGUGUCUGGAGCUGCUCGUCAACAAUGGUGCUGAUGUCAACAUGCAGAAUACAGAAGGGAAGAGCCCUUUACAUAUGGCAGCGAUGUACGGACGCUUCACAGGCUCCCAGAUUCUGAUCCAAAAUGGUGGAGAGGUUGACUGUGUUGACAUGAAUGGAAACACUCCUCUUCAUGUUGCUGCCAGAUAUGGUCAGGAGUUACUUAUCAGUACUCUGCUGACAAAUGGUGCUGACAAAAGCAGACAGGGGAUUCAUGGGAUGUUACCUCUCCAUUUAGCAGCACUCUACGGCUUUCCAGACUGUUGUCGCAAGUUACUGUCUAACGGCCAGUUUUACAACCUCAUGCCAUCUAUGAUGAGUGGAGAAAUGCCACCAGUGGGGUUUGAUAUAAACAUCGUAGAUGACCACGGGAGGACCUGCCUGCAUGCCGCUGCCUCUGGAGGGAAUGUUGAGUGUCUCAAUUUGCUAUUAAACAGUGGUGCUGAGCUGGAUAUGAAGGACAGUUUGGGAAGAUCUCCUCUGCAUUAUGCUGCAGCAAACGGGAACAGCCAGUGCACGAUUUCCCUGGUGAGAGCAGGUGCAGAGGCCAAUGAGCUGGACCUGACGGGCUGCAGCCCUCUGCACUACGCUGCUGCUUCACACACCUUCUGUGGAGGUGGGACAAACUCUCAGCCAGACUUCAUUAUGGAAAAGGAACAAGAAGCCUCUUUGUGUUUAGAUUACUUGCUUGACAAUGGGGCGAACCCAACUCUGAAGAACAGCAAAGGUUACAGCGCCGUCCACUAUGCAGCAGCUUAUGGGAACAAACAGCAUCUAGAACUGCUCUUGGAGAUUUCUUUCAACUGCCUCGAAGAGGUUGAAAGUAACAUUCCAGUCAGUCCUUUGCACUUAGCUGCGUAUUAUGGUCACUGUGAGGCGCUGCGUUUACUUUGUGAGACAUUAGUGAGUCUGGAUGUGCGGGACAUCGAAGGCCAAACCGCCCUCCACCUGGCUGCUCAGAAAGGCUUUUCUACGUGUGUGGAGGUUCUGCUGAAGCAUCAAGCCUCCUACACACUGAAAGAACACAAGCACAAGUGGACGCCUCUUCACGCUGCAGCUGCCGAGGGCCAAGUGGACUGUCUGCUGUUAUUGGUCAACAGGGAACAAAGUGCUGACGUCAUUGACAGUCAGGACACACGUGGACAGACGGCUCUCAUGCUGGCAGCUCUGGGACGUCACACCGACUGCGUCCACAUCCUGUUGGAGAAAAAGGCGAAGGCCGAUGCUGCUGACAAACACGGCUUCACUGCCUUACACAGAGCUGCCACGUUGGGCAGUGAGGACUGUGUAUCAGCUCUGUUGGAACAUGGAGCUUCAGCUCUGUGUCGAGACUCUCAGGGAAGAACUCCACUGCACCUCGCUGCGUCCCGCGGCCACACAGAACUGCUCCACACUUUGCUAACGGCUGCUAAGAAAGCUGACCCUCUGGACUCCAUGCUGGACCACAGGGGCUACACACCCACCCACUGGGCUGCUUACCACGGGCAUGAAGGAUGUUUACACAUAUUACUUGAAAACAAAGUUUUUAGCAACCAGGAGGGAAAUUUAUUCACUCCACUGCACUGUGCUUUAGUUAAUGGACAUGAUGUUGCUGCAGGACUUCUAGUGAAGACUGUUGGCUCUCAAAGUGUCAACAUCAGUGAUGCCAAAGGAAGGACUCCACUGCAUGCAGCUGCUUAUUCAGGAAACGUUGCUGGGCUCCAGCUGGUCCUGGCCCAGAGAGCAGAGGUUAACGCUGUGGACCACAGUGGAUGCUCUGCUCUAAUGGUUGCUGCUGACUGUGGACAGACCAUGGCUGUUGAAUUCUUGCUGCACAAUGCGAAGCCAGACCUGACCCUGGUGGAUGUCAAUAAUAACACAGCCCUUCACUUAGCCUGCAGCAAGGGUCAUGAAAUGUGUGCUCUGUUGAUCCUGGGAGAAAUAACUGACUCCUCUCUCAUCAAUGCAAGAAACACCGCUCUCCAAAUGCCUCUUCACAUUGCAGCAAGAAAAGGCCUGGCGACUGUCGUGCAGGUGUUACUGAGCAGAGGAGCAGCGGUAAUGGCUGUAGAUGAGGAAGGACACACACCAGCUUUGGCCUGUGCACCGAACAAAAACGUAGCAGACUGUCUGGCCUUGAUCCUCUCCACCAUGAAGCCUUUCCCUCCCAGAGAGGCUGGCACCGGCCCAACCACCAACUUCUGCCCCAUCCUGAAGAACUGUGGCAUCGCUGCCACCUGCGGGUCCAGCGGAAACCUGUGUCACGCCUAAAUCAACGACCGCACAGAUACCGUAGGCCUGACAGAGGAAAGUUUCAUCCCAGUAUAGCUAAAAGGCACCACACACAUAAAAGCCUCCAUGAACAUGUGUGGUCAUACAUAGCUUCUUCUCUCGUGUCGUGACAUUUCUACACGUGUGUCAUGCAGCUGAACAUACAGCGUAUACUCAUGUCCCAGUAGCAGCGACUGCCUCUCUUAAAUCUAGUCUUACCCCUUACUAAUAAUAGCAGACCUCUUAGAUUAUCUUCUCUUUUGUGUGUUAUUUUCAUGAACUAUUACCCUUUAGAAAUGAAUGGAAGGUUUAACGUGAGCACACUACACAAGCCUCCCCAGCUGAACCCCGUCCACUGUCAGUAUUGGCUUAUUUUUUUAACUCUUUAACCACCAAAGCCCGAAAUCUCCACAUUGGUCCUCAGCUGAUACAAAUGCAAGAAUGCUCGGUUGUUUGUUGUGUGUGUUUGAUUUUACGUGUGUGUGUGUCUGUCAGUGUUAUUUUGCAUAUUAGACACUGCUUCUUAAUUUACUUGUUUAAAAUAUCUAACAGGUACUGUAAGCCUUUUAUGCAAUCAGUAAGACUCUAUUUUCUUAUCCUGCACAGGGUGUAGCACACACUACACUGAUAUAAGUAACCUUAUUAUUCUAAUAAUAUCAUGAUUUACAUUUCACGUUAACAGUUACAAGCAUGUCAAUAGAUUUAAAGAUAUAGUUUACAGAGUGUAGUGUAUAUAUAGUUCUUAAUAUGAAGUUAACCUUUUACUCGUAUUAUCUUGAAAUACCCAAAUUAUUGAUAAUUAACCUCAGGUCAGCGUGUACUGUACUGUAGGUGCAAUAACGAGCACAUCUUGAGCUGGAUGAUACAAACUAAGUGUAAAGUAUGAGAGAAGUAUUUUAUAUCAAUAAAAUAAGCCACAAAGAAAAGGGUUUAAGACUUAAAUGUCUUGUAUGUUGCUAUGAACAGUUUGAAAGCACAGGAAAGAAAAUCUUUCAGGCUUCAAGCAUAAAAGUCUUGUGUAAUUUGAAAAUGUGACAUUUCACCAUAUUUGCAGCUAAAUGUUAACUAGCUUUAUGAUUAAUUGGUGGAUUUUUUUUUUUAAUUGAUGGUUAAUGUGCAAAAGCCCACAUUAUCAUUUUUCUGAAUAGAAGUUAGAAACCCAAAGAUGACUCAUACAUUCUAUCACACCAAAAAAAGCUGAAAAUCUUUCAUUUGAGAACCUUAAACUAAAAUUUUUAGUUUUUCAAAAUUCUUAUUACAUUUUUAGGUUGACUGAGCAGUAAAUUGUUCCAACACUACAUUUGUUGUGCGGACGAUUAAAUAAAAGAGUCACAAUGUCUUUAAAACACUACAUUAAGUGACUAUUUAGAAUUAGGGUUUGUUAUUCUUUGUGAUUUUCUAUGUAAGUUCUUUGUUUAGUGGUCCAGUGGAAAAAUCCCCAAAGUUGAAGCUGUUUAUUUGGGUAUCCAGUACUUAUUGACAUUCAAUAAAUUUAGUCCUAUUAAACAUUUGAAAUGUUUUAUGAUCAAAAUAAGUAAAAUUGGCAGAGUUCGACACCAUUGAUUUUAACUUGAUGAGCAUAUAUGUACUGGUACUAACAUGUCACUGCCUUUCUCUUUAAACAUCAAGUGUUUGUAAAUGGUGCUGUGCAUUAAAUGUUUACCCUUUUUAUAAUUUCAAAGUUACAUACAGCCUUUGCCCCUUUCCUAAUCCCCUGUCUGUUUAAACUAUUUGCACUCUGACAUUAAAAGUUUACAUUUUACAGCAGGGUAUCCUUCUUAGACUUAUGCAAUUAUUAUUUUAAAUUUGAAAGUUUUUGAAAGUUAACACUAGAAGUGAACUCUUCUUCUCCCUUGUUUCAAUUGGAAUAAACGGGAAAAAUGUUUCACUUUUCUACACACAAGCUGCAGUCAAAUGUGAACAAUGUUUGUCUUCAGGAACUGUUCUAUUGCAACGUUUCAUGUGAACAAACUGUCUUCCAUACAUCUUGCUGAGAUUUCAGGGUGUGUUAACUACAAUACUCUGAGUGGUUUAGUUGUUGUUGGCAUUAAUAUGAAAGAAAAUAAAUAAAUCAUUACCAUCUAA